UCCGAAGCUUUUUUGUCAUCCAUUUUCCUUCAUUUUCUCGCUUCCUUUUCUUCACUCCGUCAAAUUCCACCAAAUAAUCUCCUCUUCCUCCUCUCUAAUCCCCGAACAAACUUGAUCCUUGUCCGAAACUCAGAUCCGAAAAUCCCUUUCCGGGAAGGAAUGUGUUUUGUGAGCUUUUCUGCCUGAUUUGUGGAUUUAAUGGAAUUUUCGAUCAUUUCCAUUGGAUUCCAUGGUGUGGAUCAGAGGUUGUAUUUGAUGAUUUGAAUCCCGAGAUUAAUCGAGGCGGUACCUGGAUUGGGAACGGGAUUGUCCGGCGGGGAAGCAUUUUUGUGCCAUUUUCUUUUGUGAUGGGCUAAGUUCUGAGCUGAUUCGUAUAUAUAGGCGCGAGUUUGGUGGAUUAGUAAAUUAGGUGAUGGAGCAUAUUGUAGGUGGGAAGUUUAAGCUUGGGAGGAAGAUCGGAAGCGGAUCAUUUGGCGAGCUUUAUUUGGGAACCAAUGUGCAAACGGGAGAGGAAGUGGCUGUCAAGCUGGAAUCUUCAAAAACCAAGCACCCUCAGCUUCACUAUGAGUCAAAAUUAUACAUGCUUCUUCAAGGAGGAACUGGUGUCCCCCAUCUCAAAUGGUUUGGAGUUGAGGGUGAUUACAAUGUCAUGGUUAUUGAUCUUCUUGGGCCAAGCCUAGAAGACUUGUUCAACUACUGUAAUCGGAAACUGUCCUUGAAGUCGGUUUUGAUGCUUGCAGAUCAGUUGUUAAACAGAGUUGAAUAUAUGCAUUCACGUGGUUUCCUUCAUCGUGACAUAAAGCCGGACAAUUUUCUAAUGGGCUUGGGGCGAAAGGCUAACCAGGUAUACAUCAUUGACUAUGGUCUUGCAAAAAAGUACAGAGAUCUUCAGACACACAAGCAUAUACCAUACAGAGAAAAUAAGAAUCUCACCGGAACAGCUCGCUAUGCAAGUGUCAAUACUCAUCUUGGAGUUGGUGAGGCAAUCUUCUUCUUCGUCGUCUUUUUUAUACUUUUUUUUUUUUUUUUUUUUUUUUUUUUUUUUUUUUUUNGGGAUGAUUUAGAAUCACUGGGCUAUGUGCUCAUGUAUUUUCUAAGGGGAAGCCUUCCUUGGCAAGGGCUGAAGGCAGGGACUAAAAAGCAAAAAUAUGACAAGAUCAGUGAAAAGAAGAUGCUUACUCCAGUAGAGGUUCUCUGCAAGUCAUUUCCCUCAGAAUUUACAUCCUACUUCCACUAUUGUCGAUCACUGAGGUUUGAAGACAAACCUGACUAUUCGUAUCUGAAGAGAUUAUUCCGAGACCUUUUCAUCCGCGAAGGAUAUCAAUUUGACUAUGUAUUUGACUGGACUAUAUUGAAAUAUCCACAGAUUGGCUCCAGUUCAAAAUCACGACCUAGUGGAAAACCAGGUCUCAGCCCCGGACCAUCUGCUGAAAGAGUGGAAAAGCAUCCAGUGGGCCAAGAUAUCCGAGACAAUAGAUUCUCCGGUGGAGCUGAGGCAUUCGCAAGAAGGAACGCCAGUGGGCAUGGUUUGCAUGGUGAUCAUUCCAGACACAGAUCAUCUGAUGAUGUACCGUCUUCCAAGGAUGUGCAAGUUGAUUCAGAAAGGGUCCGCAGUAGUUAUAGGAAUGGAAGCAUCUCGAAGAGGCCUGUUUUAUCGAGCAGUCGACCAAGCUCCUCUGGGGAGCCUAGUGAAAUCCGAUCAAGUCGGCUGGUGUCAACAAGUAGUCGCCUAUCUGGAGGCCAAAGGGUUCAACCUGGUUUCGAGUCGAAAACAACAAACUUUACCCGUUCGUCAACUACAAAAGGUGGUCGUGAUGAUACACUCCGGAGCUUCGAGAUGUUGUCUAUUGGAACUGGGAAGAGGAAAUGAAAGAAAACAGAUGAAUCUUGGUAUAACUAGUGACGGUGUGAAUGGUCAAAACAUAACAACACCCUAUGUAUCUUCUUCUGUAAAAUGCUCCCAGCUCCUACGGUAUGUAUGUUAUAUGAUUUGAACCUUGUAUAUGUGUAUCGAUCAUCGGUUGGCUCGGUUCAUCCACACGUUACAAAAUCUAAUGAAAUUUGCUCUGCAAAAACACUGUUGGAAGCAAAACCUCCAUGGAUUUUCUUGAUUACAAUGGUGCUUGUUCUUGUUUGGUUCUAGGAAGUUGUUAAUAAUACAUUUGAGACAGUUACUCCAA